AUGGAAAACAUUGAUGUUUUAUUGGAAUGGUCAGCAAUGACUAACAAAGGUAAGCCGAGUGACAGUUUCUUCUACGUCUUUUUGUUUAGUAUAUAAUAUUUACGAAUUGAUGCUUUUGAAAAUUACACUUUGCGUACAAGUAACGGUUUCAUCUUACUUGUUGUUCUGCAUUUAAGUUUGAUUCUGUUAUAAUAUGCGCUAAAUUCUAUUUAUUAGAAGAAUAGAUAAAUUUUAUUACGUAGCCAGAGGAGGUUGGACAGCAGGCCGCAAAGCAUCAUUGGUAUUGAGCGCCUAUUUCCACGCGUGGCUUCAUUGACUGUUGACUGUCGAGGAGUGAACAUCUCGCUGACUAAACCAAUAUGGAAGCUUUCGAACGACAAGAGUGUCAGGCUGCGAUACUUUGUGAAAAGAAACAGCAUGUUAUUGCUGUAUUGUUGCGAUCAUCAUUAUGACUUGUGUUUCACUAUAUCAAGUUUACCUUUUUUAAAUUACAUGGGUCUUGCUGUCAUUUUAGCUUCAUAAAUAAUCCGUCUGAGAAAAGGAAGUAUUGUGUUUAUAUUCCCAAUAGCGAGGCUCUUCUUUCUAAGUUGGAUGGCGUUAAAUCUCGAUGUAGGCUUGUAUCAUCAACGUGAAAACAAGCGCAGUAUUUAAGGUUGGUAUACUAUAAUGUAUUACAGUUAUCGUGUUAUUUAGUCAAAUUUCCGCUUUGUUGUUUUUAUUCUUGUACUGUAAUUUUAUAAAAUUAAUACACUGUGCGAAAUUAUGGCGUAAUAUGUACUAUGUCACUGUGAUACCUAUGUGCAUGUUUUGAGUUAAACAAAUCGUUUAAUUAAUAAAUUUUUGCUGAAUUGUGAUGCCUGUUUGUAUCUAGUUAUGUAUAGAUUUUCACAUAUGUGUGCAUACAGUAGUUAUAUUUUUCAAUUUUCAUUUGUAAAAUAUUGCCAUAUUCGUGUGUUGUUCUAAUAUUACUGUACAUAGUGACACACUUUUGCAUUAGAUUGCUAAUUUUAGGGAUACAGUGUAUGUAUAAAAUAAUAAAAUUUUCUUGUUAUGAUUUUGUAGAAAGUGAUCUACUUGGGUGCAUGGUUGCCAGAUCUUGAACCUGGUCAGGAUGGAUAUGGUAAUGGAGGUGAUAGGGCAGAAAGUGGUGACCAGUUAAGUAAUAAGGAUGAAAGUGACAAGGACGAAAUCACCCAUGCUGCCAUUCAAGUGCAUUGGUGCUGCUCAUGAGAAAAACUACCAACAUCAUUUGGAACAGACAUACCUUGCUCUUCAUGGGCAAGAUAAACCAGUGGCAGUGAAUGUAAGAAUGCAGCCAGAGCCAUUGAAUUCAAUGGACCCAAGUGCAAUUCUACAUCAAUUGCAAUUGAUGUAGACUAUGGAACUGGAUGGACACAUGUGAUGUUGGUUAUAUUGCUUCUGAACUAUGCAAGUAUUUGCACCCACUAAUUGCCGCAGGCGAUAUCUUAGAGGUCAUUAGUUCAGUAUAUCAAGUAUAAGGUGACCUUUUUAAAUAGGAAUUUAUCCAAAAAUGUUCUUGAGUGGGAGACUCAAGUGGUACGGAACAGCAUGAGUCUACGUUGGCAGAUGAUUCUGAUAUAAUAGUAACUGAUUAGGUUUAGCAGUUAUAGAAUUAUGUUAUUUGGCAAACUUUUUAGAUUUUUUCAGCGUAAGUUAAUCAUAAGGGGGUGCAAUUAAAAUAUGCACACUCAUGCAAUUAUUAAGUACAUAAUUGUAACAAGUGCCUGUACUAAAUGAAUAAAUAAAUAAAGAGUUUAUACAUUAACUUGAUCAACUUUGUGAGUAAUGUUUCAUUAAAAUUAAUGCAACAAUAAAAUAAAAAUAUGUCUAUAUAUACACAUAUUGAUCAAAGGUCCCACAAUAACAUGCUGCUGAUACUUUGUGGUACAUUACAUGAGAAUACAAAAAAACCUGUAUAUAAUUGUACCUAUAUAAUAUGUUAAGUCACAGAAGGGGAUGGUGUUGGGCAUAUGUGGGGUAUUUGCAGUGGCGAAGCCAGCCCGACAAUUUUGUCAUGCUAUGCAAAUAUUUCCGUGUUCAUCGACCGUGGAAACAAUCAAUUUCUAAAGAAAUGAAUAAUCGGAUGACUUAAAAUUUGCAUAGCAUGACCAAAUUGUCGGGCUGGCUUCGCCACUGGGUAUUUGAUCACCAAUUGCAUCCCCACCAUAGGGAUUUUGAUUAGCAUUUUGUGCCUAAGUAGGGCAAUUUCAACCAAAAUGAUUUUUAUUAAUAUAGUAUUUAUUGCAAAAUGGUGGUGUAUUUGACCAAUAUUUAUUGCCCUACAGUGGAGCAUUUGAUUGAAAAUUUGCUCAAAAAAUCAAAUGCCCCACAUAUGCCCCCCCCCCCUCUCUCUCUCUGGGGCUUAACAUUGAAAGAACCACCAUUUCUCAAACGUUAUCUGAAUUAGUUGUGUAACAGCAUUAUAAAAUACUGUUAAAAAAGGCCAAGUGGGCCUUCACUGCUAUAAAGGAAACAAGGGCAUUCUAUCCAAUGGCAUUCUAGGACCAACAUCUCCAUGACAUUGUUCUCCAAAGCAUCGAGCAGCUUGAUAAAUCAGAUUGUCUUUUUGACCAGCAUGAAGUACAGACAUAGCCUUGACAACAAGUGGAAGAAAAUUUUGAGGGAAAAAUUUAGCAUCUAAACCAGGAUUAACUUUUACCAGCUAUUUUUGAAACAUGUGGAUAAGUGGUUGUUCUCGUUGUCGUCAUCAAUAACAUUACCAGGGAGGUGAACAAGGAAAUCUUAGCAUCGGGGAUCUUGCAGAUGUAGAAGGCCCGUACAGAUUGGAAGGACCGAUAUUACCUCCAAAUUUAAUGAUGAUGCUUAAUUCUUGCAGACAAAAUCAUUGACAAAAAUAGAAUCUAGCCAAAAUCACGAAUCUCAAAUCUAUUAAAAACAUCAGCCAAACAAUAAAUUUCACUUAUAAAAUAUAUUGUUACAGAAGUGCUUUAAUUAUCUACAUACUUUAACUGCAAUAUAUAAUCCAUAAUAUAUCGAAACUUCUAUAGUAUAUCACAUUUCUUUAGAAAAAAGCAAGUAAUAGCAGUUCAUUAUCGAUCUGAGUGACAAGACAGCAUAUUUUACAAAGGGCUAUAUUCAACGGUGAAUAUCUCGAAAACGGUUGAGAAAACAAAAAUAUAUAGUACAAAAAUAUAAAGAAAGAACAAAAAUAUAAAAUAUGACGGACCUUUUUACUACGCAUUUCACUGAUAUGUGCAUUCCGCAUUUUUUCUCGCUUCCGAACGGCGUUCGACGGUUGACGUUCGACGCAGACCUGGUUACAAAAUUUGGCACGUUUUCAAGUUUUCAUCAAUAUUUCUGUCAUUCAAGACAAGACAUUGAAUAUUUAUAUUAACUUUGGAAAAUUCAAAGUGUUUUUCUCUUUGCCCUUACCCUUUUUUAUCACUUUACAUUGCAGUUCGAUUACAUAUAUUAGCUAGAAUUUGCUAUUACAUAUACGCAGUAAAGUUGAGCAGUGCAAAACCGAUAAAACACCUUAAAUAGCAUUUAACUAUACAUGUAGGCCUAUAUAAUUAUUUACAAUAUACAGGGCGAAUGGCCAAAUUACAAUAUUCUAAUAUACAUUUGUUCUCCCAUGGAUGAUAGAAACACUAGAUGGGAAACUCAUGAUCAAGGUUGAUAAUGUUUUUAGUGUGCUGAUUGCGUCAAUACCUUAUUAGUGCAUUAAUUAAAUUAAUGGAAUUUCAAUUUUAGGUGACCAUGCCCUGAUGGCCGAAAGUCCUACGUUUUACCGUGCAUUUGGUCCAUGCAUGGAUAGCCUAAAGGAAAUGUAUGAGAAAGGUCAGUUAAAACAGACACUAAAAAGUGCUCCCUGUUUAUAGAACCAAUGUCGUUCUAACACCUUAAGUCAUGCAAGGUUAUACGAUAGUAAUAUGACAUGAGUACCAGAUUCUUGUCCAUGCGAUAGGAUUAUAGUGGUAUACAAUUCUUAAUUUGGCGUAUGUAAUAGAGUAAACACGCCUAAAGAAAUUUUGCCAUAAACGAAAUGAAGAGGAAUUGUGGAGUUAGCAGUACUGUAUGUUUCUUGCACCAGAAUGACAAUUGUAUACGACUAAUCGUAUCGUAUAGUCAGGCCUUUAUUUGUUACUGUAAAGUCUGUGUCACGUGCAAUACCACUGUUCUAACUACAGUAGAACCCGGCUAUGUCGAUCUUGCUUAUCUUGAACUCUCCUGUCUCAAAAUUGAACCCAUUCCCUAUGAAUUUUCCAACAUUAUUUCAACCUCUUUUAGUUGUUUCUCAAACUCGGUUAACUCGAAUUACUCGUUGUCUCAAACUAAUGUUGCUAACCUUGACCUGGUUAUAUCUCCAACUCUAUAAAGACUUGCAUAUACUCAGUUCGUUGAUUUUGUUAGUGAAUACAUAUACGUAUUUGAUUCUGCAGUGUAAACUUGCAUGCAAGAUGUUAGGCUUAUUCAAAGAAGAUGAAAAAUUCGAGAAGGGUGGAAAAUGUGGAGUUCUAAAUCCAUUUGUGCAAUUGUAAAGCCUCAAAUGUGCAUUUAGCAAGCUAACGAAAAUAUAUAACCGUAAAAUGUGUUUGUCGUUUCUCUUGUGGAUGCUCCACAAUAUGCCAUUUACUUACUAAUUUAGAAAAAAUUAACAAAAAAUGUAAGUAAUAACGGUACUUUAACCCAAAAGAGAAUGAGUAAUAUAAUAUCCGUGAAAAAUUCUUUAUUUGAGGCGUCCCCUCCCCUCCCAACGCCUGGGAAAAGAAAUAUUAAUUAGCGGUUUGAAAUGGCGAAAAUGGUAUAGUGCAAAGAGUUGUUCUCCCCACCCCUCUAACUGCGCCACUGUCUACACACUGUUAAACAAAACGUUCUGGCUUUCUUCUGUUUGGCGAAUCCGUUUAGUACAAAAAAUUGCUCGUAUGUAACCGGGACGAAACGGGAAGCCAUCUUUUUUUUGUCCGAAGGUGAUCAAUCAAAAUGCUUUCGACCAAUGGAAAUGCAUUUAAGCAUUCUUAAAACAACGUUUUGGCACAUGGACUUCAAAUUUGAGAGGUGGACAUCAAUUUUCAAUCUGUGAGCAUCAAUUUUCGAGCAGUGGACAUCAAAAUAGCGAAAACAGGAGGUGGAAAGCAAUGCAUGACAGCGGUUAGCCGACCAACGAGAACACGAUACGCGCCAUAUUUAUGGGGCAAUCUGAUUAAUUAUCAUUUACUAAUUCAUUUUCUCAAGGUUGAUUGACUAACUUUCCUACAUAUAACUGCAUGGUGAAAGUAGUACGUCAGGUCUCAGCAUGCGCGCUUUAAAAUAAUUUCUCAAUUGUAAAAUAUCGGUUUACUCAUGCCCAUUUAAGAUUUUUGAAAAGCAAUUCAAAUAAACAAAAAAGUAAACAAGUAUCAUUAAUAUUGACGUUGACACGAACAAUAAUUAUUUUCAUCCUUUGUUUUUAUCAAUAUUGUUGUGAGUUUUACCAUAUUUAUUGUGUAUAUAAAAUUAUAAUCUACAACAAUUAAAUUUUCAGAUUAUUGUAUAGGUUUGUUGAACUUCGUGACGGCCACAAAAUUUCGAAAAUGAAUAAGUAAAUGAUAAAAGAAAUAAUGAACUCGGUUAUCGCAAAAUAUAGCCUAGUGAUUUGUAAAUGGCUCGAAGAUUAGUUAUAUGCCUCUGCCUUCGGCAUCGGCAAAUAAUUGAUCUGCUCGCCACUGACAAAUCAAGAUAUUUUGCUCAACCUCGUCCAAUAAUUGCAUAUUGUUUUUUUCUUGUAAUUUAACACUGAUACAGUUAUCUCGAACCCCUGCUGUCUCGAACUUUUUUAUUUUUCUUGGCUGUUGGAAAUAGCGGGAUUCUAUAUUGUAUAUGGAGUAUAGCUUCGCUAUUGGCUUUGAUAUUUUUUGUAUCAUUAAAAACUCAAUCCAAUAUAUGUUUUGAUAUUUCUUGUGCCAUGUUUGGCUUCAUCACCUUGCAUCAUUCCCGUUACAUGUAUCCUCAAUAGGUAAUAUGCCACUUGUGGAUGAGUUGGUCUUUGCAAAAAAGUCGGAUCCACCGAUAUAUACGCAUGACAUGGAACAGAAAUGUGACUGGAGCAUUAUAUUUAAAAAAACGACCAUGUGUGAUUUCCCAUUUCCGAAUGAUCGGCAACUCAGCCCCAUCGAACAGUUUAAGUACCUGCAGCAAGAAACGAGUGGAACGUCACAGAGCAUACUGGAUGAGACACAGAUGCUGGGAAUUGAGAACUUUUUGGAAAACAGAGUAUCACUAAUACAGGUAAUUGCCGAUGUUCCUUUUUAUUUGAUGUGUGGGAAAGAAACGGCACGGAAAAAUAUCCAGCUAUAUGUGUACAACAAGGGUUUUGUGUAUGGACAUUGCGAUUGUGAAUUUUAUACAUUUAUUAGACCUAUCCAGGAGCAGUUGCGAAAAAUACAACUAUAUGCUCUCUAGCAGGAAUCCAACCCGCGGCCUUGCAAUCUUGCAGGUGCAGCGUGUUAACGACCAACUGGGCUACAGAGGCCAGUUGCCUAUAGUUACUGGUUGGGUUUAUGAUAGGUUUGAAGUGAUGUUGUAAUUCGCCAAAACUGAGAAAAAGGUAGUUAAUUAGAACUUUAUUUCUAGUGUGAAAUUUUUAUAUAUAAUUUUUACAAAAUUAUAUAUGAGAGACUUGUGGUAAAAUUAAACUCCAAUUCACUAAUGUCUAUUACACUGUGGGAUAGUCAGAUAGCUAAAAAAUUCUGAUUCUUAUUUCAUGGCGGUAAAUAAUCUCUGCAAUAGACUUUAUGCAUAAUGACGUCACAAGGCUUGAUGCCCACCAGGAUUGCUGGUCUUAGUAGCUAUCGGUCUGGAAAAUUCCGAUAGUGGCCAUUUUGAAUUGUUUAAUUUUCCCGGGCGAUGUCAUUAUGACGUCAUUAUUCAUAAGGUCUGUUGAAUUUGUUAUUUUAGGGACCCCCAGGCACUGGCAAGUCGUUCUUGGGUACAAAAAUUUUACGUUUGAUGCUUUCAAUGGAAAUUCCUAAGCGGUUUGGAGGUCCCAUUUUGGUAGGUAUAUAAUAAAAUGAUGCGCUGUGAUUAUUUGGAACGUUUCUAUUUUUAACUAAUAUAAGUUUAGUCCGUUUUUCUCGAUUGUGAUUGGUUGAAUUAUUUUACUAGGGUGUGUUCCAUUAAUUUUUAAUCCGACACGUUCGGGAACAGGGUUUGGAAUAACAACCGGCUAGCAUUUCCACAGCGCUAACAUGCAGGUGACUUUUAAAUGAGAAAGUCUGAGUUUUUCUCCCUAAUAUAUUGGUCUAUACGAUGAUUUUGUGGGUUUUCAGUAAAACAUAUUCUGUCUUGAUAUAAAAGAACGCAUUUUGAAACAUUUUUGAUGAAUCAAUGCUAUGAUGAAAAAUUGAAAAUCGCGUUGGCCUAGAUUUAUGCAUAUCAAAGAGUCAUGGGCAAAACGUUAGUUCCUAAAAAACAUUUUGAAAUUUAUUUUUGUUCAUAUACAUGCAUGAUACGCUGGGCAUUGAUUUUCAUCAAUCUGUUUCCGUGGUAUAUUAAUUAAAAGGCCUGCAGUCUCCGUACAUGCAUGCUGGUGGAUGGGUAUUUUCUGCGUAUUCAUGGUCGGAGGUCUUCCAUUUUCUAGUAAACUGUAGAGAGCCAGCUUAAUAUAACUUGUACAUUUUUUAGGUUAUGACAUACAAAAAUUUUGCUCUGGAUCACUUUCUGGAAGCGUGCUUGGAACAUACUCCAAAUAUUGUUCGUAUCGGAAGGACAGGAAGCGAAAAACUGUCCGAACACCUUCUUGGGAAGGUAAGUUGCAUUUACCUUUAACUGCAUGCGGUUCCAACAUGGGCCAUACUGAUUCUCAGAUAGCAUUGACUCACAACUCAUAAUGACAGAAUAUAUAUUAAAGUGCCAAACGAAAGGGGUAGAGAAAACUCUGAAAUUCCAUUUCCAACGACCUAGAGACUCGAAAUUUUCAACAUUUUCCAACUGGGCGCCAAAUAUGGUGGAGCUUCGAAUCAUGGAAUUGCCACAAAAGGGCGCUUUCUAUUAACACGGUCAGACCGGUCAGAACUGUCAAAUUGUUGAAUGAAAAACAAAACGUUUGGGCUUCGGACCUAUCUGACCGGAAAAUUUUGAUAAAAUUAGAAUGAGGUCCAUUUUCGGCAGAUAUUUGAGAAACAUAGACCAGAUCUUUCGAUUGAUACAGAGACAAAAAUUCGGGUCUGACCGGUCUGGCCAUUAAAUGGAAAGCUCUCCAAGUUUACCAAGUUUCCUGAGCCUCUGCCCAUAUCACUUUACACGUGCACAAAGACACGGUUUAUUAUAGCAAUAUGAAAUAUCGUCAAUAAUAAAGGAGGAGGUUUUAAUAUUAAAAUAAUUCGAGGAUUCUUGGUUAGCUCUUGGUGUUGUAGAUUACGCUGAUCUAAAACAUAGACAAAUAUGUGCCACUUCACUAAAAACGUAAAUGGCAGUUCAAAUGCAGUAUUGCCAAAAAAUUCUUGCAGAGGUUGAACGUUUAAGAAAAAGUCCUGCAGAGACAAAUCGGCUGAAUAAAAUUCAUGCCCAAGAAUUUUUGGCCCCUCCCUCCUCCCAUGCAUAUAUAAAAAUCGUGUCGUAUUUUCAACACAGAUUUGAGACACACAGAUAUGUAAAGUGAAAUUGAGCAAGAAGGGGGACGGCUCGUGUUUUUCCAACACCUCAAAUUUGUGCAUUUUUGAUUUUUUUUCAUAUUGCCAAACUAGCGAGAUUUUUAAUAGGGCUAUGUUACCACGAAGAUAAAGAUGUUUGCCUGUUUCGACUAUACUCGUUGUGGAUUUCGAUUUACUGUAUUAAUGAAAACUACAGUGAUACACCCGGUCCCAAUGGGGCAAUGGCAAUGCAUGUCAAUAUGUUUUACUGUAAUAUAUGAUAUAAGGUAUAUCCUUAUCUCAUGAUGCAAGCUGCAGCUGAUAAAAUUUAUUACCCAACCGACACGUAUAGAAAACAUGAAAUACCGCAGUACUGCCAGUAG